AAAAAAAAUGUCCACGAUAAGAAUUAUCACUAAAAUAAAAAACGAAUGCGUGUAUUCCGGUGUUAGAGCUUUUAAAACUGGAAAACUUUCAUGUCAGAAGAUAAUUUGUGAGAUAUUCCGGUAUUUCGUAGGAUUACCCGACUGUUAAAAUGGGUAUUUUGGAGAAAAUAUCUGAAAUCGAGAAGGAAAUCUCUCGUACUCAGAAAAACAAAGCCACCGAAUACCAUUUGGGUGUAUUAAAAGCCAAACUAGCCAAGUACCGGGCUCAGCUUUUAGAACCGUCUAAGAAAUCCGAGAAAGGCGAAGGAUUCGAUGUACUGAAAUCCGGCGAUGCUAGAGUAGCUCUUAUUGGUUUUCCUUCUGUCGGAAAAUCUACGCUGUUGAGUACGUUGACGAAAACUGAGAGUGAAUGUGCUUCUUACGAGUUCACCACAUUAACUUGUAUUCCCGGUGUGAUCGAGUACAAAGGUGCCAAUAUUCAGUUACUCGAUUUGCCCGGUAUUAUCGAAGGUGCUUCGCAAGGCAAAGGACGUGGUCGUCAGGUUAUCGCCGUAGCGAGGACUGCUGAUUUAGUAUUAAUGAUGUUAGAUGCUUCGAAACAAGACGUUCAAAGGGAGCUUUUAGAAAAAGAAUUGGAAAGCGUCGGUAUUAGGUUGAAUAAACCGAAACCUAACAUCUACUUCAAAGUGAAAAAAGGCGGCGGAAUAGCGUUCAAUUCAACCUGCGCUUUGACCAAAAUCGAUGAAAAAAUGGUUCAAAUGAUACUCCACGAAUACAAGAUUUUCAACGCUGAAGUUCUAUUCAGAGAGGACUGUACAGCUGACGAGUUGAUCGAUGUAAUAUCGGCGAAUCGAGUUUACCUGCCGUGCAUUUACGCGUACAAUAAAAUAGAUCAAAUUUCCAUCGAAGAAGUCGAUCGAAUUGCUAGAAAACCGAAUAGCCUCGUUGUUAGUUGUAACUUGCAUCUGAACCUAGACUAUUUAUUAGAAGUGCUAUGGGAAUACCUAUCUCUAAUAAGAGUAUAUACCAAAAAACCCGGUCAAGCGCCCGAUUUCAACGAUUGUCUGAUUUUAAGAAGAGGUGUUACGGUCGAGCACGUUUGCCAUGCUAUACACAGAACUCUGGUUGGAGCAUUUAAAUACGCUUUGGUUUGGGGCACGAGUACUAAAUAUUCUCCUCAACGAGUAGGAUUAACUCACACUAUGGAUGAUGAAGAUGUUAUUCAAAUUGUCAAGAAGUGAUAUUGGUGUUUUUUUUACCUGAUUUGUUAUGAAAUUCGUUCUGUUUUAUGAAUCGGCCUUCUCUUCUGUUUUUUUUUCUACAUCGUACUACUUUUUUAAAAUAAUUAGUUACUGUCGUUAAGUGUAAGUGAUGUUGAGGCGUAUUGAAUUAAACAUAACAUCGGUUUGAUAAUA